AUGCACUCCAAGCCAACCUAUCCCAACCGUAUCACUGUGGCCAAAGUAAGGGCAGCCGAAAACAGCGUAAAGCCGUUUCCUGAACCGGACAUAGAGCAAAUGCUAAUUGAUGCUAGACGCGACCCUGAGACGGCAACUCUACAAGAGGGAGGAGGGCAGGUAAGUGUGACAAGUAUGUGA